AUGACAGUCACCUCGGCCCAAGACUCCAAGAUCCCCUACAAGGUCAUCUCCAUCACCAACAGGACACACAGGACCGCCUACCCGGCCAUCUCGCCCUCCCGCCCCGCCCUCUCGCAAACCGGCCGGACCGUGCUCAUCACCGGCGGCAGCGGGGGCAUCGGCUACGGCAUCGCCCUCGCCUUUGCGACCGCCGGCGCGUCCAGGGUCAUCAUCGUCGGCAGGGACGAGGCCAAGCAGCGAGCCGCCGCCGAGAGCCUCGCCCGAGACGCCGGCCCGGAUUCGCACACCAAGUUUGAGGGCAGGGCCGCAUCGCCGGCAAGUCCUGGGGACAUUGACGCCCUGUGGGAUGCGCUGAGCGCCGAGGGCGUCCUUGUCGAUGUGCUCGUGCUCAAUGCCGCCGUGACGGGCAAUGUUGUGCAGGACUCACUGUGGACGGCGGGAUGGGAAUUUACCUGGGAGAGGUUCAUAGUCCAUGUUCGCUCCGUCAACCAUUACAGCGAACGCUUCUGGAAGCAAAAUGAAGAGAAAAAGAGAUACCUCGUCAAUGUAUCCACUUCCGCCAUCCACGACUUUGAAGCGGGCAAGGCCACGAAAGCCUAUGCAUUGACCAAGAACUCGGGGAUGCUCCUGAUGCAGCAGCUUGCACGCGACACGCCCGUCGACAGGAUGCAGAUUGUCAGCUUCCACCCCGGUGCCAUCUUGAGCCCUGGCGCGAAGACUGGCGGCCUGGAUGAGAAGUCUCUCGACUGGGACGACAUCAGCCUCCCCUCCUCGGUGGCCGUCUGGGCGGCUUCGGACGAGGCCGCAUUUCUGCACGGUCGAUUUAUAUGGUCGGCAUGGGAUGUCGAAGAGCUGCAGAAGGGGCCGCUCCGGGAGCGUAUAGAGACGGAUGACAAGUUUCUGCGAAUUGGCGUUUACGGCCUGUGA